AUGUGCAACAUCCUCAGACCCGUCACAGAGUGUCAACAGUGCUUGAAGGCCGUAGAACUUGAGCCCCUCCCCCAAUCCUGCAGCCAAAUUGCUAACACGGACAACCCAGAGAUCGGUCGCUGUGGCACUCUCACAUCGCAAACGGUCCCGGGUCCCCGGGACCGCGUCUGCGAGGAUUGCCACAACUCGGCACAGCUAGAAGCGGAAAGAAGAAACGAUUCGGACAGUGAGGCCAAUUCCUAUCCGCUGGCCGACUACCUCGAGUCCUUUCUUCCCCCGGCCGAGCCGACAGCCCACAACACUGUGGCGCAACAGGGUUCCCUCGCCACAACCUCGUCCGAGGCGGAGCGUCGCAUGAGAGAGAGGCGAGCAAGAUACUCGUGGCCUUCCGAGAUGAGCAGCGAGGACGGAGAGGACGACCGCGUCCCGGUCGACACUCCUGCCGCCCUAUCGACGAGCAAAGCGCAGCCGCCUCUGCUCGAGACGGUCCUGGUCGCGGGCACCCCGCGCGUCCACACGCCGACCCCGCGGUCCGCGACGACCCUGCGCAUCGAGACGCCCUGGAAGGAGUCCGCCCCGGAGCAAGCCAGUGACGAUCCGUGGUGGUACCCCGAGAUUUGGGGCCCAGCAAAAGACCUCCCCAGGGAGCUGGCCGAGUUCCUCCGCCGCAUCCCGCCCGCCGACACCUUCCACAACCAUCGCAUCUACGUCUUCCACAACGGCGAGGACAAGAUCGAGCAGGCGACGGUCCUGCUGGCCACGCCGGAGGGGUCGCGGGCGCGGGUCGUCUCGGGAGCGCUGUACGACGAGGGCGCGCGGCUGGUGACGCGCCGGCAGCUGGCGCGGGCGCGGUACGAGGAGCUUUCGAGCGAGGAGAGGGAGAAGAUGGCAAAGGGCGAGCAGUGCUGCAUCUUCUAUCCCUGCCGGGUCGCGAGCUGCCCGCUGCUCCAUGCCGAGGGGCAGCACCAGCCCAUCAAGCCGGUCGGGGAGACCCUGCUCGGCGCCAUGGAGAGGGGGUACGUCUGGCGCAAGAACUGGGGGGCCACGAGGAUCCCGCGCCCCGUGUCGCCGGUCUCGAGCAGACGGCAGAGGGGAGGGUCCACCGGCCCGUCCGAAGACCAGCGGCGGCGGCGCGGGGAGCCGGCAGCGCAGCAAACGGGCAGAGGACAGGGGUUCCUCCGGAGCGCCCUCGGGGCUUUCAUCGAUGGCGUGCUCCCCGGCCCGAAGCGGGAGAACUGA